CCUUGCAUAUAAUAUAGCUCAUAAUGGUAUAAAAUAAUGUCACCUGGUAACUUUACCACAUUUAUAUGCAGGAGGACUUUGAUUUUGAUGGGUGUUCCACAGUAACGCCCACUCUCCUGCCUCCAACACAAUAUGGUAAUCAUUCCCAACUUUUGUGCGAAAUUUUUGCUUCAAAAAUUGCUUUUUUCCUGUAGAAGUAUUUGAGUGAGUGUGUUCAGAGAUGCCAUUUAGCAGCAGUGAAGCUCUUCAGGCUAGAUACCCUUCAUAUAUCAUUCUCUUCUCGACCAAUUCCAUUCCUUAUUGAUCAGUAAGGUGAAUUAAAAUAUGGACCGGAACAGACUAAAUACAAGGGUUCGAUGUUCAUGUUCAACACCGUCCAACGAAUCAGCUUUAGACCUUGAGAGGAACUGUUGUAGUCAUUCUAAUUUGCCUUCUUUAAGUCCACCAAUGCUUCAACCCUUUGCCUCAGCUGGACAGCAUUGUGAGAGCAGUGCUGCUUACUUCUCAUGGCCUACCUCAAGCCGAUUAAAUGAUGCUGCUGAAGAAAGGGCAAACUAUUUUGCAAAUUUACAAAAGGGGGUACUACCUGAAAAUCUUAACAGGUUGCCAAAAGGUCAGCAAGCGACCACAUUGCUUGAACUUAUGACAAUAAGAGCAUUCCAUAGCAAGAUCUUGCGUUGUUACAGUCUGGGAACAGCAAUUGGGUUUCGAAUUCGUCGUGGUGUGUUAACAGAUAUACCAGCUAUUCUUGUCUUUGUUUCCAGAAAAGUGCACAAGCAAUGGCUCAGCCCCAUCCAAUGUCUACCCACUGCCUUAGAGGGCCCGGGAGGUGUGUGGUGUGAUGUGGAUGUUGUUGAAUUUUCAUAUUUUGGUGCCCCUGAGCCUGCUCCCAAAGAACAAUUGUACACAGAGAUUGUUGAUGAUUUGCGUGGAGGUGACCCAUGUAUUGGCUCAGGUUCUCAGGUGGCAAGCCAGGAAACGUAUGGAACUUUGGGUGCUAUAGUAAGAAGCCAAACCGGCAAUCGACAAGUUGGCUUUCUCACAAAUCGACAUGUUGCUGUUGACUUGGACUACCCAAACCAGAAGAUGUUUCAUCCUCUGCCUCCAACACUUGGACCUGGAGUAUAUCUUGGUGCAGUGGAGAGAGCCACCUCUUUUAUCACUGAUGAGCUUUGGUAUGGCAUCUUUGCUGGAAUAAACCCAGAGACAUUUGUGAGGGCAGAUGGAGCAUUCAUUCCUUUCGCCAAUGAUUUUGACAUGUGCACUGUUACUACAUCUGUGAGAGGUGUGGGAGAGAUAGGUGUUGUCAAAAUAAUAGAUUUGCAGUCACCAAUAAAUACCCUUAUUGGAAAGCAGGUGAUGAAGGUUGGAAGAAGUUCUGGCUUGACUGCUGGAACUGUUUUGGCCUAUGCCCUUGAAUACAAUGACGAAAAAGGCAUUUGCUUCUUAACCGACUUUCUUGUUGUUGGUGAGAACCAACAGACAUUUGACCUUGAAGGAGAUAGUGGGAGCCUUAUAAUACUAAAAGGUGAGAAUGGUGAGAGACCAAUGCCGAUUGGGAUCAUAUGGGGUGGAACUGCUAACCGAGGAAGAUUGAAAUUAAAAGUUGGCCAACCUCCUGAGAAUUGGACUAGUGGAGUUGAUCUCGGGCGUCUUCUAAAUCUCCUUGAUCUUGACCUCAUCACCACUGAUGAAAUGCUUAAAGUGGCAGUGCAACAGCAGAGAGCUGCCUCAGCAACAGCGAUAGGAUCUACCAUUGGUGAUUCUUCAACCCCUGAUGGAAUCCAUCCCAAGGAGAAAGCUGAGAAGUUUGAGCCAUUAGGACUCCAAAUUCAGCAUAUCCCAUUAGAUGUUGAACCCAACAGCCCAGCAAGGAACUCGUUCUAUGUAGAAACAAAGUUCCAGGUGGAAGAAGGGCCCGAGGAAGCCCCAAUCCCAAGCGUUGAACACCAAUUCAUUCCGAGCUUCCCUAGAAGAUCUCCACUUCACCAUAACAGUCUGAAGGAGAGAGUAGCAUCAGAGAAUCUUUCUUUGUUACGAAAUGGCUGCGGUGAAGACAUCUGCGUUUCGCUGCAGCUGGGGGACAACGAAGCCAAGAGGAGACGUUCGGAUGCUUCCACUAGUGCUGAAGAGCCAAAAUAACUUGCAUUCUUUUUCUUUAAUGUUAUGGUUCGAGUCUUUGAAUGUGGAUGAUGAUCAUGAUACCAUGUUGUAACUUUCUAACCAUUGGCUGGUGUUGUUGGAACUAAUGUAAGUGUAAAUUCUCGGCUCAAAACAAGGGCCCCUGAGUGGAGUACACUGUACACAUACUUGGAAGCUCGCUGUAUCAUUUUCAUUCAUGUCAACUUCAUUCUACUUUAACUAUAAAUUUUGUUCAAGAGGCAUUUAUUCUUAUGCUUCUUUAAUCCACCUAAAGUGACACCUUAGAUGUUA